AUACAUGUCAUUAACAGACGCCCGCUCACCCUUCUUGGCUGAUCCGUGUGGGAGGGAAGGUAUAUAAAUCGUGAGUAACAUGGCCUCUUCACACAACCAGUCUUCGGCGUCGGAGACAUACAGCACCAUGAAGUUCCUGGUUGUUUUGGUGGCGUCGCUGGCCGUGGUGGCCUUUGCCGCUGAGGAGAAAGGCGCACCAAAGGCGGCCGAAGACAGUAAGAAGCAGGACAAGAGAGGAAUAUACGACUUUGGCUCUUACGGUGGCGGCGGCGGCUACGGAGGCGGCGGCGGCUACGGGGGCGGCGAUGAGGGGCAUAGUUUUGGGGGAUCAGAGGGGUACAGUCUCGGUGGCAGCGAAGGAGGUCACGAUUUCGGUGGCUCCGAAGGCGUAAGCUUCGGUGGACAUGAUUUCGGUAGCUCCGGCGGCGAUUGGAAACCCAUCAGUAGUGGGGGAGACGACCAUCAUCACGAGCACGUCAAACAUGUUGAGGUUAUCAAGAAGGUCCCAGUACCGUACACCGUUGAGAAGCACGUCCCUUACACCGUUGAGAAGAAAGUGCCUUAUGAAGUCAAAGUACCAGUACCUCAACCCUACACUGUUGAAAAGAAAGUGCCAGUCACCGUCAAGGAGUACGUCAAAUACCCCGUGUACGUGCCAGAACCUUACACUGUAGAAAAGAAGGUACCUUAUGAAGUCAAGGUCCCCGUUGACAAACCUUACGAGGUCAAAGUUAAAGUGCCCACUCCUUACACUGUGGAGAAGAAAGUGCCCUAUGAAGUCAAAGUGCCCGUGCCGCAGCCCUACACCGUCGAAAAGAAGGUGCCUUACCCAGUGAAGGUCGAAGUCAAAGUACCCCAGCCCUACGAAGUCAUCAAGAAGGUUCCCUAUGAAGUCAAAGUGCCAGUCGACAAACCUUACAACGUGUACGUGCCCAAACCUUACCCGGUCCACGUAGAGAAGCCUUAUCCGGUUACUGUGCACAAACCUGUGCCUUACGAGGUCAAGGUGCCAGUCGACAAACCCUACAAGGUUGAAGUAGAGAAGCCUUACCCAGUUCCAGUUAAAGUGCCAGUGCCUAAACCCUAUGACGUUUACAAGAAGAUCCCAUACACUGUCGAAAAGAAGGUACCUUAUGAAGUCAAAGUACCAAUCGACAAGCCUUACCCAGUGUACAAGGAAGUGCAAGUUCCAUUGGUGAAAGAGGUUCCUUACCCAGUAAAGGUCCACGUACCGAUCUACUUUAAGAAAGAGCAGGAACAGCACCACGGUUGGCACUAAGCUAAGCUUUAGAUCCUAAAUUCACACCAGUACCUUAUAGGCUAAGUAAAGUUGUGAUCUUUUAGUAUACGUAGUGUAUAUAUUUUGCAAAUUUUUGUUUUGGAGCUCGCUCACGUUCGUGAGGUUGUGAUGGCUGGAGUACCUACCAUUCCGGGGCCAAGAAGUCCUGCAUUCCGCAUAGCAUUGUUAAACCAAAUGCGCGGCUGUAGAUAAUAUCUGUUAUUAUUUGUUUUUUAGCUUUCGUGUGCUUUGUUUUUUAUGUAACAUUUUCGAAGCGUUUACCGCGUUUUGUUGAGGCUGAUUUAUUAAAAAAAAAUUGAAAUGUU